CCCCCCUUUUCCGGUAGCUGAGAAGGACUCUUCCACUUCUACCCCCAUGAGUCCACGAAGAGAAGCAAACGCAAGUGCCGCAAGAGACAACGUCUUCAGAAAGACAGCAGGGUGAUGAGUGUCCUGGAGCAGCCUGGCUUCAGCCGCCAGAAGAGGGGCUACAGGGAUCUCAAUGAAAUGGAAGUCAACAUCAGCGACCCGCUGUUCAACAAGCAGUGGUACCUGGUGAACACGGGCCAGGCGGACGGGACCCCGGGGCUGGACCUAAACGUGGCUGAGGCCUGGGGACUGGGCUACACCGGUCGGGGCGUCACCAUAGCGAUCAUGGAUGACGGCAUCGACUACCUGCACCCUGACCUGGCAUCUAACUACAAUGCUGAUGCUAGCUACGACUUCAGCAGCAACGACCCGUACCCCUUCCCUCGCUACACAGACGACUGGUUUAAUAGUCACGGCACGCGGUGCGCUGGGGAGGUGUCGGCUGCCGCCAACAACAACAUCUGCGGGGUGGGCGUCGCCUACAACUCCAAGGUGGCAGGUAUCAGGAUGCUUGACCAGCCGUUCAUGACAGACAUCAUCGAGGCCUCGUCCAUCAGUCACAUGCCGCAGGUCAUCGACAUCUACAGCGCCAGCUGGGGCCCCACGGAUGACGGGCGGACGGUGGACGGCCCCCGGGAACUCACUCUACAGGCCAUGGCAGACGGGGUCAACAAGGGCCGCGGAGGAAAGGGCAGCAUCUACGUGUGGGCAUCGGGGGACGGUGGUAGCUAUGACGACUGUAACUGCGACGGCUACGCCUCGAGCAUGUGGACCAUCUCCAUUAACUCGGCCAUCAACGACGGGCGAACCGCCCUGUACGACGAGAGCUGCUCCUCCACACUCGCCUCCACCUUCAGCAACGGGCGCAAACGCAACCCGGAGGCCGGCGUGGCCACCACGGACCUGUACGGGAACUGUACCCUGCGACACUCGGGGACGUCUGCCGCUGCUCCGGAGGCCGCUGGGGUCUUCGCCCUAGCGCUGGAGGCUAAUCCUGACCUGACAUGGCGGGACAUGCAGCACCUGUCGGUGCUCACGUCCAAGAGGAACCAGCUUCACGACGAGGUCCACCAGUGGCGCAGGAACGGCGUGGGCCUGGAGUUCAACCACCUGUUUGGCUACGGCGUGCUGGACGCCGGCGGCAUGGUGAAGAUGUCCCACGAGUGGAAGACCGUCCCCGAGCGCUUCCACUGUGUGGCCGGGUCCAUCCAGGACAACCAUAAGAUCCAGUCUGGCGAGCGGCUGGUGCUGACCAUCGACACAGACGCCUGCCAGGGCAAGGACAACUUUGUGCGCUACCUGGAGCACGUGCAGGCCGUCGUCACGGUGAACGCCAGUCGCCGCGGCGACCUCAACAUCAACAUGACCUCGCCGAUGGGCACCAAGUCCAUCCUGCUGAGCCGCCGACCGCGUGACGACGACGCCAAAGUGGGCUUUGACAAGUGGCCCUUCAUGACCACGCACACCUGGGGCGAGGACCCCCGGGGCACCUGGGUAAUGGAGGUGGGCUUCCAGGGGCCCGAGGCCCAGCGGGGCGUCCUGAAGGAGUGGACGCUCAUGCUGCACGGUACACAGAGUGCCCCGUACAUAGACCAGGUAGUGCGCGACUACCAGUCCAAACUGGCCAUGUCCAAGAAGGAGGAGCUGGAGGAGGAGCUGGACGAGGCGGUGGAGCGCAGCCUCAAGAGCCUGCUGAGUAAAAACAACUGAGCCACCGUCAUGCAUGGGUGCCAAAUGAAGCCCCCCCCCCCCCCCCCCCCCCCCGCGUUCUCUCUCUUUCUCCCUCUCUUUCUUUCUCUAGCUCUCUCUCUCUCUCUCUCCUUUCCCUUUCUCUCUCUUUCUCUUUCUCCCUUUCUCUCUCUCCCUCUUUAUUUCUCUCUCCCUCGUUCGCUAGCUAUGCCUUCUUGCUAGAGCUCCUAUCCUCUCAGUCAAACUCUUGGUCAAUCUCUCUCUUGUUCUUAUGAUCUUCUUGUUUUGUCUACCUCUCUCGUCCCUGACUCUAGGCGCCGCCCAUUUUGGUUUUGUGUUUGAAUUAGUACCCACUUAAAAAUGAAUGUUUCUUGUAAUCCAAAAACAUAAUAAAAGUUUAACCGUCAAAGAAUCUGUUAUAUAUUGAGAGAGAGAAACAGAAAAACAAAACCACAUAUUUGUCUGUUUUUUUACAGUCUACAGAAUUGUACAUACAAAUACGAUCUCUACAGUUUCAUCUUCUUGUUCUUGGCCUCUCCCCGCACCUCUCUACAGUCCACUGUUGUACAGUUUGUGACUGUAAAUUAAUCUUGGUGUCUACUUAAAGUUGAAUAUCUUGCAAACCGAGCGGCGAUACUUCUUUCUGUUUAUAUUUUUGUGACAUGCACUGUUUCUAUAUAAACGAGGAAAGAAAUGUUUUGAUUGAUUUUGCGGUAUGUGGUCCUCCAUUUCAUAAUCUUUGACGAUAUACUAAAUAAUAAAUAUAUUCAGAUGUUUGCUAAA